AUGAAAGAAUUUGAAUCUCAACUUUCUAUAAAUCAAGAAAUAGAAGUUGAUGAAAGGUAUGCAAUUGAGCUGGAAGAGGAGUUGAAAGUUGAACUUCUUCAAAAUAAAAAUAGGAUUGCUCCUGAGAAUCCUCCAAAGAAGAAGACAGCCAAAUCUAGAUCAAAGAUGCCUGAGGCUGCUAAGAGAAGAGAAGAAGAGCCUGAAAAGCAUGUUCAAUCAUCAAAGCCUUCUUCUCCAAUCAAAGAAACCACAGUUAUGCAUCCAGAUGUCAACUUCCAUGAUGAGCCAAUCUUACCUAAGGAGGAGCCAAUUGAUCUUGACAAUAUUCUUGUUCCUGCCUUCCUUAUUCAAGAAACUUCAAAACCUAAGAAGAAAAGGAAGUCAGUAGAAAAGAAAAUGGCUAAUCUUCCAAAACCUCCUAAGGAACCUGAAAAUGCAGAUGACUAUCUUGUCAUAGCAAAUAUAGAAGAAAUUUCUGAGUUGGAGCUGGAUUUGAAUGAUCUUCAAGAAGUGAGAGGAAUAGAGCUAACUUCUAAGCUUCUUGAAAGAUUGAUUUUCUCAUAUAAAAGCCAAGGUGAUAUCACCUGGCCUCUUCACAGGGUUCUGAGUUCUGAAGGAUUCAGUUCUCUCACAAAGAUUUAUGAUGCCAUGAAGAGAACAGGAGGAUUUACACCACCAGCCAAACAAAUGGUGUUAAAGAGAAUUCUUGAAAUCAGGAAAGAAUGGAACUCGGAUGCUAGUCUACAAAGAAGGCUGAAAAUCCCCUACAUUGGAAAGAAAAUUCACCAUGAGCCAACUCCAAUUAUGGAGUUCAGGGACAGUCAAGGUGUUAUGAGAUUUUUCAGACCUAAAGAUCAACUCAAAAUUGCUAGCCUGAACACUCGAAAGACUCUUCAAUCCAAGCUCAACAGACAAGAUAGUGAUGAAGAAUGGUAUGCAAUUGAGCUGGAAGAGGAGUUGGAAGCUGAACUUCUUCAAAAUAAAAAUAGGAUUGCUCCUGAGAAUCCUCCAAAGAAGAAGAGAGUCAAAUCUAGAUCAAAGAUGCCUGAGGCUGCUAAGAGAAGAGAAGAAGAGCCUGAAAAGCAUGUUCAAUCAUCAAAGCCUUCUUCUCCAAUCAAAGAAACCACAGUUAUGCAUCCAGAUGUCAACUUCCAUGAUGAGCCAAUCUUACCUAAGGAGGAGCCAAUUGAUCUUGACAAUAUUCCUGUUCCUGCCUUCCUUAUUCAAGAAACUUCAAAACCUAAGAAGAAAGGGAAGUCAGUAGAAAAGAAAAUGGCUAAUCUUCCAAAACCUCCUAAGGAACCUGAAAAUGCAGAUGACUAUCUUGUCAUAGCAUAUAUAGAAGAAAUUUCUGAGUUGGAGCUGGAUUUGAAUGUUCUUCAAGAAGUGAGAGGAAUAGAGCCAACUUCCAAGCUUCCUGAAAGAUUGAUUUUCUAA